CUUCAUGCUGGAGAAGCCGCUGGGCUUCCUGCCCCUGCACCAUGAGCUGGACAGCGGACUGGGCUGGACUGACGGCUCCCUCCACCAGGGGGACCUCUCGGGGCUGGAGACUGAGGAAGGAGGCCUGGAGGACUGUCAUUCACAUGGGGCCCUCGCCCAGGGGGGUUGUGGGGGCUUCGGAGGAGGUGGCUCUCCUUCCUCUGAGUCCUUUAUUUCCUCGGAGCUCAGUGACUCAGGCUUCUACAGCGUGAGCACCGGGGAGUUCAGGCACUUCCAGAGGCUGCUGGAGAAGCGAAUGCGGAUGUACAACGCCAGGCUGCAACAUCAGGGCGAACCGUGCGAGAGGCGGGAGCGGCGUGACAGCUGCCCUAAGAGCCACCGUGAGCUGCUGGAGGCCAUCCCUGAGGCGCUGACCAUGCAACCUCAGUGUCAGCGCCUGCAGCUCGAAAUAGAGGACGGCGCUGGGCCAAUCAUGGAUGUCCCACCCCGCGGACUUUUCAGAGUUUCAUCGGUCCAGUUCCAUAAAGCUGACCGGCCCUGUCUGAACCGUCACAGCUCCAGCAGUGGAGCCCUCUUCAACCCCUCCCAUGCCCAUGCUGCAGUCUCACGAAUGAAUGCCCCGGCCCUCUCCACCUGCAGCACCCCCUCCAGCCACCGGAGAUCACUAGUACCCAUGCAACAGACCCACCAGGGCUCCAGUUCAGUGGGAAUGCUUAGGAGAAGCCGUACUCUGCACCAUCGCCCUCCUCCGCAGGAGUACCGCCGGCGAGCCAGCCACCCGGCUUCCCCCUCCUACUGCGCAGCAACCAUGCACCACUGUGGGGGUGUCCAGCCACAUAACGUCCUGCCAUCGGGCCUGCCAGAGGAAGGUGAGCUAGUGCCUGGUUUGUUGGCUUCUCACCCGGCAGGCUUGGCCCUGUCACCACAACAACACCCCACCGCUUUGGGGCAUGUUAGGGGUGCCAACACCCAUGAGCGAUGCUACAGCAACAACCCUAAUGCCCAGAUCGCUCACCAUGACUGGUGGCACUCGCAAGAAAGAAGCCCGAUGCCCGAGCAACUGGUGACAGAAAGGGACAGAGAGAUUGAGAGGGAACUGGAACAAAAAAAGCAAAUGCAAGAGAAAAAGCUAGAAAGGGAGGCACAGAUUCAAGAGGAAAUGGACAGAGAGCGGCAGCAAGAGCUGGGAAGGAGCCGAGCCAGGGAGCAGCAGCACUUCCAGAGUUUAGUCCAACCUCCUCAGGCUGGAGAUGUCAACGACACCUGGCCGAAACCGGCCAUCCGUCAGUCCCAGAGUGGCGUGGGAGGCAGAGGUCUCUACAGCACCCUGGAGGGCCACACGGGGGCUUGCUCUGUUGCUGGGUGGGAUGCAAAGAAAGGACAAAUGAAUGCAUGUUCAAGCCCUAAUCCCAGUUCUGGUUUGCAGCCAAAACUUAAUCCAAGCUCCAAACCCAACGCAAACUCGCGGAUCUCCAGGAACCAGCUCCUGAGAGACCGGGCGUCUCAGCUGGCCGAUGAACGCAGUGGGAUGAGCACAGAUGAGGAGACCAAUACCGACAUGCUGAUGGGCCGGUACUGGAGUCGAAUGGAGAGAAGGGAACACUUUCUGCUGGCCCGUGAGCAGAGGCAGCAGCAGCUGCAGGCCAGAGGAGGGACUAUACGAGACGCCAUCAUGAGGGGAGGACCAAUCACCGGGGGAGGAGGAGCCUCUGUUGGAGACGGCGGUGUGCUGGACAGCAGAGGAGGCGGAGCUUUUGCAGAAGGGAGGUGCAACACGUUCCUGGAGCUGAGUCAGAGGAAGCUGAGUCGUCUGAGGAACAGGAAGCUGUUGGAUGACUGGACGACAGUAGAGGAGCUGCUGACUCAUGGGACAAGGCUGAACAACCAGGAGGACAUGCUGUGUACCAGCUCCCUGCUGACGGUCACCACCGUCUAACUGCAUGGGCACCACGUCUAACUGUAACUCUGUGCGAGUGUGUGUGAUGUUAAGCUAACAAUACGAUAUUUUGGUAAAUCCUCUUGUUUUCUUUUCCAAAGUCAGAUGAGAAGAUAGAUAUCAGUUUUGUCCUUGCUAUCCAGUGCAGAGACAAGUCCAGGAUGU